UGUCACAAACUCAUCUCCUUUCCAUCCACUUUCUCUCCACUUUCCCAGAAAAAAACUCAAAUUCUCUUCCAAUACAUCUUCUAAAACACUAACUGUGUGUGUUAAGUGAUAUAUACACAUACACAUAUAUAUCUAGAGAGAGAGGGAAGAGAGAGAGAGAUGGGAAACUGUUUCCCUAAACCUGUAAAUAAUUUCUCAAGCACCAAUAAAAUUUCCACCCAAGUAAAUAAUAUUAAUGCUGAGAAAAAGAAACAAGCCAUGGUGGAGGGAGGUGGCGGCGGCGGUGGCCAAGCGAUUGCGACGCCUAAAAUGGCGACACGAUGCUUAAAAUGUUACACAUAUGGUGAGCUAAAAAGUGCCACCCGAAACUUCCGGCCGGACACGGUGCUCGGAGAAGGUGGUUUUGGGAGGGUUUUCAAAGGGUGGGUGGACGGUGAAACCUACGCGCCGUCGAAGGUCGGAAUUGGGAUCGCCGUCGCCGUUAAAAAGUCAAGUCCGGACAGCCCUCAAGGCCUCAAAGAGUGGCAGGCGGAAGUAAAAUUUUUGGGAAAAUUCAGCCAUCCAAAUCUUGUUAAACUGGUAGGAUAUUGCUGGGAAGAUAGAGAAUUCCUUCUUGUGUAUGAAUAUAUGCAAAAGGGUAGUCUUGAGAAUCAUCUUUUUAAAAAAGGUGCAGAACCACUUUCAUGGAGUACUAGGAUUAAAAUAGCCACAGAUGCAGCACAAGGGCUGGAUUUUUUGCAUACUACAGAAAAAACUGUUAUUUAUAGGGAUUUUAAAUCAGCCAAUAUUUUAUUAGAUGGGGACUUCAAUGCGAAGCUCUCGGAUUUCGGGCUCGCAAAGUUGGGUCCCGUGAAUGGUGAGUCUCAUGUCUCAACAGGCGUGGUGGGUACGUAUGGUUACGCGGCUCCAGAAUACAUAGCCACAGGUCAUUUAUACGUUAAGAGUGAUGUCUAUGGCUUUGGAGUUGUGCUGCUAGAAAUUAUAACGGGCCUACGCGUACUAGACACUAACCGACCGGGCUCACAACAUAACUUGGUGGAUUGGGCUCGUCCAGCUUUGCCUGACAGAAGGAAGUUAAGAAAAAUCAUGGACCCACGGCUAGAAAAUGAUUACCCGCCAAAAGGAGCGACUAAGGCCGCAGAGCUCAUCUUGAGUUGUCUAGAAGCGGACCCAAAAGGCCGACCUGAAAUGAAAGAUGUUUUGGUUAGUUUGAAAGAGAUUGGCGCUAUCAAAACAAAACCAAAGGAGCCUAAGGUCCAUGCAACCCAACCGGGUCCACAGCGUGACCGUCGUCAUCACUCGGCACACCAUUCUCCGCUCCAUACGAAGCGCAGUGAUGGUCAGGCAAAUCAGCUUUCACCCAUGAGAUCGUAUUGACCAAAAAAGUCAACAAACGUUUUUUAAAGUGCUCGUGAGUCGUGACGUGGAUACAAAAAGUGUUAAAAUCAAUUGCCAAAGAGGCCCAAAUACAUAGCCCAUUUAGAGGUAUUGUGGCCCAAAAGUGAAGAAGGUGAAAUGCAUUGUUUUGAUUAUGUAUAUUUUAAAUGUAGUUAUAAAUUUAAUACAGAAAGUUUUUAUUUUGUAAUAAAUAAAAGUAGUUCGAAAAUCUGUAUUUCACAUAUUAUUAAGUGUCUA